AUGGAAAGUCGAAGCUCCUUCCGUCAAUUGCACCAGCAGCUAGGAGACUUGACAUUGUCCGGUCAUACAAUGGCUGGUGUGAUACGAACGAGGAGUGGACACGGAAUCCGAAACAAUGCUGUCAAUUGGAAUCUAUCCAAUCCACGUUUGCAUCCUUCGCUACCCUCGCUUCCCCAAUGUACAGCAAGCUCAAAUCAAUUAAUGUAUGAAGAAGUGCGGAAAGGAGAAGGAUUGAGUAGUGCACCACAAGCAGGUGAAUGGAAUAUGCUUUCAUCGUCUAAAAUGCCUAUGAAUCAAACCACAACAAAUGGUUCAGAUGUGAUUGAAAAUCAGAGACACCAAGAAAAUGAAGGAUUAGAAAUAUCACGUCGUUCAAGUGAGAAUGUUGGCUUCGAAAAUGUACUGAACGGGCUCACUUCAAAUCAAGAAGAUAUUGUGUCGAAGCCAACAAGUUCACGAUUAAACUCGAGCUCGUCAACCGUUACCACGACAACUAACAGAUUUAACGAAGAUGAGGACAUCAUGAGUAGCGGAAGUUGUGGCGAAACGAACCAACAAGAGGAGACAUGUCGUCCUCAUCAUACACCCAUUCGUGGUCAAUUCUUUCGAUCAUGGAAGAAAGAUACAAACGACGAUGAUAGCUACAGUAGCGAAGACUGGUCACUGCCAUCUACAAAUAAAUGGAAAGACCGUGCAAUUGUGGACCCGUUUGCCAAGCGGCGAGCAAGAGACAGGAAGAUGAAGCCUAUUCAAAAGAUACCAGACGUUCUUCCUCCCCCCUCUCGAGCUAUCGAUCAACGCAUCGUCCGUUCACCUGUAAAAAGCUCGAAAAAGUUGCUGGAAAGCGCUUCAACUCGAUCAGCUUCUCCUUUGAAUUCUGCUGAACUUGCUCCACUAAAAUCAUUACGAUUGACGUCUGCAGACCGAAAUCGAGCGACCAAACACCUUCGCCCAGUACCACCGUUGUCAAAUGUGAGCUCUGCUCGUCCACUUCGUUUGUGCUCGGCGCAAGGGAAUUCUCGAGAAUCGUUAUGUGAAACUAACGACGACACCGCUGAGCUUACUACUACAUCACGCCAAUCUCGUGGACUUACGAAAACUAGCCAACAUCGAACGCAGUCGACAGUAAGUGCGUUGAAUGAGAUCAAACGCAAACGCGAAGCUCGUCGGGCCCGAUAUGCAGUAGAGAGGCAGCGCGUAGAGAAGGAAGUGCGUGAGUAUGGUGAUGACGCAGGAUACAAAUUUCGCCGACUGAUCCAGCAGUAUCGCGACGCGCUUUCUCCUACUCAACUUGAACAGCUUUCGCACAAAGAAUUGCCUCUUCUAGAGCAUCAUGGCUCCAUGCAGCCACCACCAACUCCAACACUGAUGUUAGAUUGCGCAGAGACCGCUCGCCUCUCUGUAUUUAUUCGAAAGCGUCCGCUUGCAAAAAAAGAGUUGAAAUCAAAGGGAUAUGACAUCGUCUCGUGCUUAUUUGCUUCGGAAGAUCUUGAAAGUAAGAGAAAUACUAAUGCAUUGCUUUUGCGACGUGACCUUGUGUGUCACGAACCAAAACUUCGUGUUGACUGCUCUGCUACGCUUGAAAAUCAUCACUUUCACUUUGACGGGGUUUUUGACGAGUUGCAAGAGAACGUGAGGGUUUAUGACGCUACGGUUGGGCCGAUGAUACCGUAUCUUGUAUCGAAAGCGACUGCCUCUGGGCCUAUAACCAGUCUAACGGUGUUCGCCUACGGUCAAACUGGAUCGGGAAAGACGUACACAAUGAAAUCCAUUUACCGACAAGCUGCUUCGGCUUUAUUUCAACAAAUUGAUGCGUUGAAUGAGAUGUCGAGUUAUCGUCAGGCUCACGUAUGUGUAGGAAUUAGUUUUUAUGAAAUUUACAUGAAUAAUGUCAAUGACUUGUUGAAUGGGCGAUCACGCGUGCAAUUGAUGGAGAAUGGAGAUGGUGCAGUGCAAUUACCAGGACUGAAAGAAAUACGAGCAAACAAUGCAGAUGAAUUGCUUACCCUCGUGCAGCUAGGUGAACAGGCACGCGCCACAAGUGCGAAUGCUGUGCACGAUGAUUCCUCUCGAUCUCAUGCAUUGCUUCAGGUGACGUUAUAUGCCGAAGACAACAAUGUAGUUGUAGCAAGACUCUAUAUGGUUGAUCUUGCUGGCAGUGAGCGUGCAAGUGAUACUCAGAGUGACAAGAAGAAUACUCGAAUGGAAGGAGCUGAGAUCAAUAAAAGCUUGUUGGCUUUGAAGGAAUGUAUUCGUGCUCUGGAUCGAGGAGCACUGCACAUUCCAUUUCGACAGAGCAAACUCACACAACUUCUUCGUGAUAGCUUUCUUUCCCAGGACUCGAAAACGAUAAUGAUUGCCACUGUCUCACCUUGUUCUGAAAGUUGCAAUCAUACACUCAAUACGUUGCGGUAUGCCGAUAGAUUGAAAGAAAUCGGUGCGGUGAAUUGA